AUGGGCGCAAUCCUGUACAAGCUCAGCAUGGGCGUGUACGGCACCGUGCUGGCUCUCGUUGGCUUCAUCGCGACGUUCGAGGCGCUUAUCCUCGCCAUCAUCGGCCAACGUUUCAACGUUGACUUUUACGUCGCGCGCACAUUCUACUACAUGUGUGCCCCCAUCAUCGGGUGGUACAUCGAGAUGGAGGGUGAGGAGCACCUGCUCAACCUCCAGGCCACCGGGCCGGCUGUCAUCCUCGGCAACCACCAGAGCAUGGUGGACAUCCUGUACCUCGGCCGCAUGUUCCCCAAGCAGGCAGCGAUCAUGGCGAAGAAGUCGCUCAAAUGGGUCCCCGGUCUUGGGACAUUCAUGAUGCUGUCAGGCUCCGUCUUCCUCGACCGCAAGAACAACAAGAGCGCCGUGGCGAUGAUGAACGCUGCUGGCGACGAGAUGAAGAGAAAGAAGAUCUCGGUCUUCGUCUUUCCGGAAGGCACACGUCACCUUAGCGACGAGCCAUUCCUGCUUCCUUUCAAGAAGGGCGCGUUCCACAUGGCGAUCCGGGCUGGCGUGCCCAUUGUGCCGGUCGUGUGCGAGAACUACUCGAAGCUCCUCAAGCCUGGCAAAUACUUCAGGAGGGGCACCCUCAAACUGCGUGUCCUCCCUCCAGUGUCGACGGAGGGCGUCACGUCCGAGAACAUCAACGAGCUCAUUGAGAAGGUGCAGACGCAGAUGCUCUCAGCGCUCAAGGACAUCUCCGUGCCAGCACCCGCGUCGCCAGUGUCGUCUACUGCGACGAUCGUCGACCGCGCCAGUAAGGGCAAGAGUGUCACCCAGACCAACGCUGUUGAGGACAGCGACGCGAGCGACGAGACCGAGGUCGAAGAGAACGUCAGCGAGUCAGACGGCGAGGUGCCUGCGAGCAAACCUGGCAAGAUCGCACUAGCCAUGGUGUCGGACUUUUUCCAUCCCGAUGUCGGCGGCGUUGAGGGGCACAUCUACAGCCUGAGCGUGGAGAUGGCGCGGAGGGGACAUAAGGUCAUCGUGAUAACGCACCACCACGGCCGCCGCGUCGGUAUCCGCUACCUUGCCCCUGGCAUCAAAGUGUAUCACGUUCCCUUCGUCCCUCUUGCUUCAUCAGCCUCGCUCCCAAACUAUCUCCUCUUCCUCCCCUACUUCCGCUCCAUCAUCCUCCGCGAACGCAUCCAAUUAGUCCACGGCCACGGCACGCUCUCAAGCCUUGCCCACGAGGCGAUGCACCACGGGCCCCUCUUCGGCGUCCGUACAGUAUUCACAGACCACUCGCUCUUCGGCUUCGCGGACACGGUAGGCGUGCUGACUAACAAACUCUUAGCCUCAGCCCUACGCACAGCCGACGCGGUGAUCUGUGUCUCGAACACCGGUCGCGAGAACACGGUUCUACGCGCCGAGCUCCCCCCAGAGAGAGUGAACGUAAUUCCCAACGCCCUCGUGCCGAGUCAAUUCGAACCCGCCCACCCUCCUCGCGAGCCAGAGAGCUACAUCACAAUUGUGGUGAUCUCCCGCCUGGUCUAUCGAAAAGGUAUCGACCUCCUCGUAGCGUCAGCACCCGCCAUCUGCGACCUCUUCCCCCGCGUCCGAUUUCUGGUCGGCGGCGACGGACCCAAGAUGGUCGACCUACUCCAAAUGCGCGAAAAGUACGAGCUGCAAGACCGGAUCGAGCUCGUCGGCUCGGUCCGUCCAUCGGAUGUUCACGGCCUCCUAACCCGCGGCCAGAUCUAUCUUAACACAUCUCUAACUGAAGCUUUUGGGAUUUCAAUUAUCGAAGCGGCUUGCUCUGGGUUGUUUGUGGUCGCUACACGAGUUGGAGGCGUUCCAGAGAUCUUGCCGGCCGAUAUGAUCGAGUUUGCGCGGGCAGACGAGGACGACGUCAUUCGCGCUCUUUCACACGCAAUCCAGACCGUCCAGAGUGGACAGCAUGAUCCGAUAACAGCGCACGAGCGCGUCAAGACCAUGUACUCGUGGGCUGCGGUUGCUGAGCGUACCGAACAGGUUUACGAGAGGGUAUUUAAGACUCCACAGAAGAGCUCGUUCGAGCGCCUGGCGGCACACUUUGCUGGAGGCCCGGUUUUCGGGCCCAUCUUAUGUGCUAUCCUCGCGGUGCAGUGGUGGUUCUUAUGGUUCUUGGAGAUCGUGCUCCCUCGAGAGGGGAUCGACGAUGUCAUGGCUGACUGGGAUGCCGCGAGGUUUGCCGACGCGGUUGAGCGCGAAAAGAAGGCUGCCAAGAUGGUCGAGGCGGACGCGGCAGAAUGA